GCGUGCAUGAUGCAUUCAUGAAUCAGAUUCAGUACCGACCUGGUCGCAACGAUAGGUCAAAGCUGAGAGGAUAACAAUUGGUGUGGUAGCCAAUUAGAUACUUGGGAUGUUGCAAAAACAUAAUUGAGUGGAAGAAAAAAGAAAAGCAAAAAGGAAUUAUUUUCUCAACAUUAAUCAGUGACCAAGGAAAUCCAAUCUUUUGGGACCCAAAGAAGCGGGGGCGAAAGGGAAAUGAGCAGAAGCGAUCUUAGUAGGGAACAAUAAUAGGGCUGUAUUGAAACAAGAAAAAUCAGCAGAUUAGUGCGCUUGUCAUGAGUAAGUAGAUAGUACGCAGUACUAAGUCUACAACGUAGAUGUCUGGCAGCAAGUGUAUCAGGUCCUGCUUUGUCUCAAACGAGACACGGCAUAAGGCGAUGCCUCCCCUGACUCUGGGAAUACUGAACGCUGGACUAUGAACUGACGCAAGCAAAACUGAAAGGCCCAGAUAAUGUGAAUCAGAUCCCGCGCGAUGGUUUGCCCGUGGAAAAAGUAUUAUGCCUGGAAGGCAGGGUUUGCUCCUGCUUUCGUGGGCAUCGACUAAAAAGCAGGCUGUGUGGAAAGAGUGCGUCGUCGUGUUUCAACCCCAACCUUAGAUAGGAAAGACCGAGGCUUAGGGAUCCAGAGUGUAAUUUCUUCUUUCUGUCGGAGCUCGCUUGAGAGUUCGGCCGCAUCCUAUAGCAUCAUCAAAUCUGGCUUGUUCAUGACGAUGAUUCGGCCGGCCGGGCCUGCAUCAUGCAUUACCCUCUCCGAAAUUUCGCUUUCCCUCUUUACUGUUCUCAAUCAACUCUGGCCCUUUUCUCCUACUGGCUUAACUGCGAAGGACCGAUCUGCUGGACCCUCAGCUCCUGCUGGCUGGAUAGUGGAUCCCUCGCGAUUCUGCGAUCUCGAAGUCUUUAAUUUCUCUCCCAAGGCUUUUCAAGUCAUGAAAAACGCCAUCGCGGGCCCCUUCAAUUUUACCUGGAGCACCGACAAGAGGGCUUCCCAAAUCACGGGAGUUAAUAAUGAUCAUAUUAUUGUUAUCGAUCGUGAAGGAUGGGCGCCAGAUGGAACGAAGGGAAGGAGGAGCAGAUAGACUAGUCUCCUCUCCAACUUGGGCUAGUGACCAUUCUAGGAACGGCGGUGGAUAAGCGCCAAUGCCUUCCAUUACGCAAGC